AAGGGCGGCGGGCGGCCGCUACGGCCCCACACGGCGCCCAGCGGCUGCGGAGAAACUUUGAGUUGGGUGGUGGCGCCGGUGACUUCGCCUCGGUGAGCGACCGGAGCUGCCGCCUCCCUCCCGGUCUCUGCGGCCUUCCGGGGUGGUGGUGGUGCUCCUGCCGCCCGGGCGCCCUCCGGCCUCUCGGGGAGCGCCCCGGCCCGGCCGCAUUGGGUGUGAGGCGGCUCCUCCUGCAGCUCUGCUCCCGAACUUUGAGAGGAAGAACUGAAAUCAGAGUUAAGGGUUAGCGUCUGGGCGCAGAGGAACUUGAGAGUGCCCUUCGUAGGAGGGGCUGUUGAGACAGCAGUGUUUUGCUAAGUGCCUGUGCCUGAGCAAAAAUGAACUCAAAUUCUGAUCCUCCAUCAAAUCCCUCUCAACCGCAACUGCAUCCUGGAAGGUCCCAGCUGAACGCUGCUGCUGUGGAUCGUAGUGAGAGCAGUCAUAAAUCUGGACCCUCAGGAGAUGCUGCAACUCUUUCUUCUUCAGUUCCAGGCUACUCCCAAAGCAGGGAGAAAGCUGAAAAAAACGAGACCAUGAAGGAGGAACCUGAAGUGCUCUUUGAGGAACUGCUGGAGAGGGCCAAAGCUGGAGAACCAAAAGCACAAACAGAGGUGGGGAAACACUUCUUGAGAUUAGCAGAAGAGGAGGAUGAAGAACUUAACAACUGUAGUGCGGUUGAUUGGUUCAUCCUUGCUGCUAAGCAAGGUCGAAGAGAAGCUGUUAAACUGUUGCGUAGAUGCCUAGCAGACAGAAGAGGCAUCACUUCUGAGAAUGAGCAAGAAGUUAAAAAACUAUCAUCUGAGACUGACUUGGAGAGAGCUGUGAGAAAAGCUGCCUUAGUCAUGUAUUGGAAAUUAAACCCAAAAAAGAAGAAGCAAUUAGCAGUUUCUGAACUACUGGAAAAUGUUGGGCAAGUUGAUAAUGAAGAUGGUGAGAAGCAACCUGGUCCAGUCCCAAAGUCAGUGCAGAAGCAGAGGAGAAUGCUGGAGCGCUUAGUGAGCUGUGAAUCUAAAAAAUUUAUUGCUUUGGAUGACUUCGUGGAGAUUACCAAGAAGUAUGCAAAGGGAAUCAUCCCAUCUAACCUGAUUAUGCAGGAAGAGGAAGAUGAUGAAUUGGCAGGGAAGACUCCUGAAGAGUUGCCCAUGAGACUGAAGGUUAUAAAAUAUCCACUUCAUGCCAUAAUGGAAAUUAAAGAAUAUCUUAUAGAUAUUGCAUCAAAGGCAGGAAUGCAUUGGCUGUCUACCAUUAUUCCAACACAUCACAUCAAUGCUCUCAUCUUCUUCUUCAUCAUCAGUAAUCUGACAAUUGAUUUUUUUGCCUUCAUUAUUCCGUUAGUUAUAUUCUAUUUGUCCUUCAUUUCUAUGGUGAUUUGUACACUGAAAGUUUUUCAGGACAGUAAGGCCUGGGAAAACUUCCGCACUUUGACUGACUUACUCCUUCGUUUUGAACCAAACCUAGAUGUUGAGCAAGCUGAGGUGAACUUUGGGUGGAAUCACUUAGAGCCAUACGUUUAUUUUUUACUCUCAGUGUUCUUUGUAAUUUUUUCCUUCCCUAUAGCAAGCAAGGACUGUAUACCAUGCUCAGAGUUAGCUGUUGUCUCAGUUUUCUUCACAGUGACAAGCUACAUGAGUUUAAGCACAUGUGCAGAACCGUACACGCGAAGAGCAUUAAUGACUGAGAUAGCAGCAGGUUGCUUAUCCCUGUUGCAGAUAUUACCUGGGAAUUUUGGCUUCUUGAAAUUCUUAGGUAAAACCUACUUUACUAUUCCUGUAGGCCAUCUUUUGGUGAUCAAUGUAAGCAUCCCGUGCCUUUUGUUUUUGUAUUUGUUCUAUCUUUUCUUCAGAAUGGCACAACUGCGAAAUUUUAAAGGCACCUACUGUUACCUGGUCCCAUAUCUGGUCUGCUUUAUGUGGUGUGAACUCUCUGUGGUCAUUCUGCGGGAGUCCUCUGGCAUUGGGCUCGUCCGUGCAUCAAUUGGUUACUUUCUCUUUCUCUUUGCACUCCCAGUGCUGGGUGUAGGCAUUGCACUGAUGUGUCUGGUCCAUUUCAUUAAGUGGUUCGUGUCUCUGGAGCUCGUGAAAAUUGUAGUGACUCUAGUUUUGUGUGCUGUUCCUUUGCUCUUCCGAUGGUGGACAAAAGUCAACUUCUCUGUAGUAGAAAUGGUUAAAUCCCUCACUCGAAGCUCAAUUGUGAAACUCAUUUUGGUGUGGAUUACAGCUGUAGUGUUGUUCUGUUGGUUCUAUGUGUAUCGAUCAGAGGGAAUGAAAGUUUACAACUCCACCUUGACAUGGAAUCAGUAUGCCUUCCUCUGUGGACCCCGAUCGUGGAAGGAGACCAAUAUGGCACGUACUCAGAUUUUAUGUAGUCACCUGGAAGGACACAGAGUGACGUGGACUGGGCGGUUCAAAUACGUGCGUGUUACAGAAAUUGACAAUAGUGCAGAAUCUGCAAUAAAUAUGCUUCCACUUUUUAUUGGUGAUUGGAUGAGGUGCUUGUAUGGUGAAACCUACCCUCUUUGUGACCCCAAAAAUGUCACUAUGGAGGAGGAAGAAUUGUGUCGUCUCAAGUAUCUGACAAAGCAUAACUGCCACAUGAAAAUGUUCGAUCGGUACAAAUUUGAAAUAACUGUGGGUAUGCCUUUCAGUAGCAAAAAUGGAAACAAGUUGGUGGAGGAAGAUGACAUAACCAAAGAUAUUGUGCUGAAGGCAAGCAAUGAGUUUAAGAAAGUGUUGUUGAACUUGAGGCAAGGAAGUAUAAUUGAAUUCAGCACAAUUCUGGAAGGUCGUCUUGGCAGUAAAUGGCCUGUCUUUGAACUGAAAGCAAUCACUUGCUUGAAUUGCAUGUCUAAACUCCUACCUGCAGGGAGGCAUGUGAAAAUAGAGCAUGACUGGAGGAGCACAGUGCAUAAAGCCAUUAAAUUUGUUUUUGAUUUUUUCUUCUUCCCAUUCCUGUCAGCUGCAUAAUGAGCUCAUUUUGGUUCAGUGGCAUCUUCAAUGUACACUGCAUUUACACUACCAAAGGUUUGGCUUCUUAAAAAGAAAAAUAAACACAAAACCACCCUGCUGUAGCGAUGCUUAAAAUGUAUGCUAAUGUAGAACAUUGGUUGAGUUUUAUAAGUGUAAACACUUUAUCUUGACUUUAAACCCCAUGUGACUGAAGUGGUAUAUACUAGUUUAAUGUUAUAAAAGAAUGCAGGGCAUUGCUGCUGACUAAUUGCAUGGAGACUAUUCUGUCCAAAUUGAACAUGUUGUUUGCCUGUGAAAUGACACUAGGUGGAUUCACUUGCUCUGUGUUAAAGCACUUUACUCUUUAAAUAUUCACAACAUGCUCCUAAGUAUUUUCACAGGUAUGAUUUAUAGUAGGUAGUUGACAAUAGCUUAUGUUGCACAUAUUGCUUGUAUUUAUUUGGUGUAUUCUAGAAAAAGGUGAUCAUAUAAUCAGUUCCUGGUGGUGAUAUCUGUGUAAAAAAAUGUAUUGUUUCACUUCUUGUCCAGAAGUUGGUGAUUUCAACCUUCUUUUGAAAGGGUACACCAUUUCACACCGCAGCAAGGUGGUAAAAUGCUCUCAAGCUUCCAUUUUGCGUUAAAUAUUCUUUACAAAACAAGCUGUUUGUUCUAAUUGGCUGUGAUAGCUACAUGUCUGACACUAAGGUAUAAUCCAUGCUGGUGCGUGAAUGACAAACACCAUAUGGUAGGACUGGUAUUGUAUUGGUACCAGUAACAGACAAGCCAAAGCAACUGAAAAUAGUAUGUAGAAGUCUACGUUGGAAACUGAAAUAGAAUGUCUGUUUAAUAAUUUGUAUUGUGCAAAUAAAUAUAAUAUAUAAACUUGA